AUGAAGUUUUCCACCCUCUUGCCACUCGCAGCCUUGGCGUGCGCAGGCUCGAGCUUGGCAGUCGUAACACCACAGGCCGACUAUCAGCAGCUUUUCGGCGAAAGGGACCAUGAUGGUCCAUCACUGUUCCUCGAGCGACGACAGCAGGGUAUUGGAGGCGCUGGUCAGAAUGGUCCCGGUUACGACACAGUACCCAAAGUUCCCUUCAACGGAAACGACUCGCUUCCCUAUUCGCCUCCCUUCUACCCGACUCCUCAGACCAAAGGCACCUCGCAAAAGUGGAAGGACGCGAUUGGAAAAGCACGCGAGUACCUUCAACAGUUCAACCAAACCGAAAAGGUCAUCCUCACCACCGGAUCCGGAUGGCAGCGAGGCCCAUGUGUAGGAAACAUUUCCCCCAUCCCUCGUGUCAACUUCCCCGGUAUGUGCCUCAUGGACGGCCCUGCCGGUGUUCGAGGUACCGAUCGCGUCACCUCGUUCCCGGAUGCCAUCACUGCUGCUGCCACUUUCGACCGAGACCUCUUCUACAAGCGCGCCUAUGCUCUCGGCGAAGAGUUCAAGACCAAGGGUGCCAACAUCUGGCUCGGCCCCAUGAUGAACCUCGCCCGUUCUCCCGAGGGCGGUCGAUCCUGGGAGGGCUUUGGUGCUGACCCUUACCUCAGCGGUGAAGGCUCGCACUUUUCCGUUCUUGGUGCCCAGGAUGCCGGUGUUCAGGCGACGCUCAAGCACUACAUCAACAAUGAGCAGGAGCACUUCCGAAACGAGGGCAGCUCCAACCUCGAUUCUCGAACGGAGCGAGAAAUCUACCUUCAUCCCUUCCUUCGCGGCGUACAGGCCGGUGCUGCAUCAGUCAUGUGCUCGUACAACCUUAUCAAUAACUCGUGGGCCUGCCAGAACUCGGAGCUGCUCAAUAAUCGUCUCAAGACCGAGCUUGAAUUCCCUGGUUACGUCAUGUCGGACUGGGGCGCUCAGCACGCUGGUGUUGCAUCGGCCAACGCUGGUCUGGACAUGACCAUGCCUGGAGAUGUGCUCUGCUGCUCGCUGCAAGAAGGAUCACUGUGGGGCGGCAAUCUCACCAGCGCCGUCAACAACGGUUCGGUGGCUACCACGCGCCUGGAUGACAUGGCCACUCGCAUCCUGGCUGGCUGGUUCCUCCUCGGCCAGGACCAAGGAUACCCCGAGCCCAAUUUCAACUUUUUCGACAAGAAGGACCCCGCUACCAAUCAGCAUGUUGACGCCACGGCCAAUCAUUACAAGAUCGCACGCGAGGUUGCCAGUGCCGGCACGGUUCUGCUCAAGAAUCACCGUCACGCCCUGCCGUUGCACAAGCCGCGCAAUAUGGCAGUCGUAGGUUCAGACGCCGGGCCUCUCUAUCAAGGUGCCAACUACUGGCCUGACCGCGCUCAGAAUGGCGGUCUGCCUUAUGGCACUCUUGGUCAGGGCUGGGGAUCGGGCUCGACCGAUUAUUCGUACUUCUUCUCUCCGUACGAAGCUUUGCAGGCGCGUGCACGCGAGGACCGCACCGAGAUCCAGUGGAACUUUGACGACUGGAACAUCGCACAGAGCGUCAUGAUUGCCAACAUGACCGACGUCGCGCUCGUGUUUGUUAGUGCAGAGAGCGGCGAAGGUUACCUCACUGUUGACCACAACGAGGGCGAUCGCAACAACCUCACACUCUGGAAUCAGGGUGAGCAGCUGAUCCGCAACGUGACAGCCGUCAACAACAACACGGUGGUCAUCAUUCACUCUGUGGGUGCAGUAGAUAUGGAGAGCUUUGCCGAAAAUCCGAACGUAACUGCCAUUGUGUGGGCCAACUUGCCUGGAGGCGAGAGCGGACGCGCUCUCGUAGAUGUGCUGUACGGCGAUCACAACCCCAGUGGCCGUCUGCCAUAUACGAUUGGCAAGAAUCGCACCGACUACUCUGCGGAUGUGCUUUACUAUAAUGACACGGUGACGCCUCAGAUCAACUACACGGAGAAGCUCAACAUCGACUACCGCCACUUUGACUCUAAAAACAUCGAGCCUCGCUACGAGUUUGGAUACGGCCUAUCGUACACCAAGUUUGCCUAUUCGGGCUCAUGGACACAGCAGGUGGGCUCGGCGGACAACAGCUGGUGGGGCUCUUCAAAUGCAUCGACCGGUCUGCCCGAGUGGCUGUUCGAGCCCAAGUACCAGGUCAGCUUCUCGCUGACCAACUCUGGCAACCGCGACGGCCACGAGGUGUGGCAGGCAUAUCUCGAAUUCCCUCGUUCGGCUGGCGAGCCUCCCAAGGUGCUGCGCAACUUUGGGCGCGAGUACAUCAAAAAGUGGGACACCAAGGAGGUCAACUUUACGCUUAGCCAGUACGAUGUUUCCACCUGGAAUAGUGAACAGAAUCAGUGGCUGCAGCCCGAGGGCAAGCUCAAAGUGCUGAUCGGCGCCUCGUCUCGCGACAUUCGCCAGACGGUUGUGCUCAACUAA